AUGGUAAAUAAAAUCGUUAAGGGUCACAACCCCAAUCAAAACAGGGGUACCAGUAAAGGAAGAAAUAUUAGCAAGAAUAAUAAAAUUGCUAAAAAUAAAGAAGCAGGGAAAAAUUUAUAUACUUGGUAUAUAGAUAAUAAAAUUGAUGAAAAAAAAAAACAAAAUGAAGAUAUAGAAAAUAAUAAAGCUAAAUAUUUUGAAGAUGUUACUAUAAAUAAGAAUGUAGAAGAAUAUAUCAAUGUGAUAUGUAGAAUAAAAAAUAAUAAACUAGAUUUAAAUAAUAAUAAUAUUAAUAAUAAUAACAAUGUUGAUGUGAUAAAAAAAAUUUCUUAUAAUAAAUUAGUUAUAGAUACAUUUCAUGUAGGCAAUAAGAGCUCUCUAAAUUUUGAAUAUACAUAUGAUAGAGUUUAUGAUAUAGAAAAUAAUAAUCAGAUGAUAUUUAAUGAUUAUAUAAAAAAUAAUAUUAAAAAUAUAUUUCAAGGAAUUAAUUGUAGUAUAUUAGCAUAUGGACAAACUAAUAGUGGAAAGACAUAUACUAUGCUAGGAAAUUUCGAUUUUCUAAAUAAUUUAUUUCAUCUUUGUAAAGAUAAAAGAGAUUAUCAUAAAAAUGAUAACCAAAAGAAUAAAACACAUGAUCAGAUAAACAAUAAAAAUGAUGAUGUUGUUGUUAAUGAUGAUGAUAAUAUAAAAAGUAAUAUUCCUAUGAAUGACUGUGAUGAAAAUAAUGAUAUUUAUUUAACAUAUGAUGAACUAAUAAACUGUAUAACGAACGAACCUAAUAAUGUAGGCAUUAUACCUCAUUGUAUUAAUUAUAUUUUUAAUUAUAUAAAUUAUCAUAAACAAAAUGUUAAUGUUGAUAACAAAAUAAAUGAUAAGAUAAAAGAAUUUACUGUUACCUUAUCUAUUCUAGAAAUAUACAAUGAAGUGAUUUAUGAUUUAAUAAGUGGAGAAAGCAAUUUAUCCGUACAUAUGAUAGAUUCGAAUAAGAAUGAAUUUAUUAUAAAAAAUCUAAAAGAAGUGGAAAUAGAAAAUAUUAUUAGCGCACUCUAUUAUUUAGAACAAGGAGUCAAUAACAGAAAGAUAGCAUUUACACAUAUGAAUAAAGCUUCUUCAAGAUCACAUUUAAUAUUUAUUAUUAAAAUAAAUAGAUAUAUAUAUUCAACCAACACCAUAAGAUGUGGUAAACUAUGUCUUGUUGAUUUAGCAGGUAGUGAAAGAUUAAAACAAACUAAGGCAACUGGAUCGAUCAAAAUAGAAACUACAAUGAUCAAUAAAAGCUUAACUGUUCUCAGCAAGGUUAUUAAUUCUUUAGCUAUCAUGCAAAUAAAGGAAAAAAUAGAAAAGAACAUGAAAGAAAAGGAAAAGGGCAAUCAUAUAGAUGACAAUCAUAUGAAUCAAAAUGAUGUAAGUGAUACAAAUAAAAAACAAAAUGAUGUAAGUGAUACAAAUAAAAAACAAAAUGAUGUAAGUGAUACAAAUAAAAAACAAAAUGAUGUAAGUGAUACAAAUAAAAAACAAAAUGAUGUUAGUGAUACAAAUAAAAAACAAAAUGAUGUUAGUGAUACAAAUAAAAAACAAAAUGAUGUUAGUAAUCAUCCUGUUGAGGGCCAUGAUAAUCAAACUGAUGUUCAUAAAAAUCAUCAAGAAGAUACAUUGAAUACUCAAAAUAAUAUGAACAUGCAUAAUAACAACAUUCAUAUAAAUAGUUCAAGUCAUAAUGCACAUAGUGGUAGUUCUAAUGUGCAUAUUCCUUAUAGAGAUUCUAAACUUACAAGAGUAUUGUCAGAUAGUCUAGGAAAUAAUUGUAAAAGCAUUUUGAUAUGCACAUUGUCUUCACAGUUACAAUAUUUAAACGAAACUGCAUCUACAAUAAAAUUUGCCCAAAGAGCUAAAAUGGUAAAAGCCAAACCAAUAGUAAGAGAAGAAAAGGUAGAAACUGAAAAGGAGUUAGAUACAAAGGAAAAAAAUAAAAACAAAAAAAAAAAAAUAAGCAAAAACAAAAAUGAUGAAAAAAAUGAUGAAAAAAAUGAUGAAAAAAAUGAUGACAAAAGUGAUGAAAAAAGUGAUGACAAAAGUGAUGAUAAUAAUAAUGAUAAGAAUAACCCAUAUGAUAAUAAAUUAAAUAUUUUUCUCAAUUUUAAUAAAAAUCAUAUAACUAAAGAUAUCAUCUUCUUUUGUUUUAGUCUUUGUAUUUUCAGCUACAUAUGUGGAUUUAAAAGUACUGGGAAGGUGAAAUAUUUAGACUUCUUUAUUGAAUCGUAUAAAAAUAAAAUCGACAUUAUUAAAGAGCAACUCAAUAAAAGUGAAGACUCAAAUAGAAAUGAUAUAAAUGAAUAUUUGAUUAAAACAUUUGACGAUUUAAAAGUGUUAACAGAAGAAGAGAGACAAAGAAAUAUUAAAUUAAAUAUGGAAAAAUUAAAAAAAUAUAAAGAUGAUAAUAAAAAUAUAAUAAUAAACCCAAUACAAAAGAAACAAGAAAAUGAUGAACACGGUUUGACCUUAAGAAAUUUAGCUAAGGUCGAUCCAACAUUAAUUUCAAAGUAUGAUAUACAAAAGGGAUAUGAACAUAAUAAUAAUAAUAAUAAUAAUAAUGUAGUUUGUGAUGAUGAAAGGGGUCAUAAUAUAAAAAAUCUAGAUGAUAAUAACAAUGAUGAUAUACAUAUAAAUAACAAUGAUGAUACACAUAUUUAUGAUAAUGAUGAUGAUGAUAUAUUAAUAGGUGAUAUAUUAGUGAAGAUGAAAAACGAUAUAUGUAAUAUUAUAAAAUUCAAUUUGACUAGUUUAAAAUGUAAUAAGAAAAAAGAAAACGAUGAGAUAUUUGAAGAAAUAUUAAACAUAGUAAAUUCUGUGAAAGAAAAUAAUAAUAUUUUUUUAAUAAAUGAAUUAAAACAUAAUUUAAACGAUGAUAUAACUAAUAAGGGAAAUAAUAAAAUAGAUGACAUAUUAAAUGAUGAUAAAACAAAGAAAAAAAAAAAAGAUAAUCAAUCGGAUUAUAUAAAUAUACUAGAUGACAUCACCACCACCAACAACAAUAAUAAUAAUAAUAACAACAACAACAACAAUAAUAAUAAUAAUAAUAACAACAAUAAUAAUAAUAAUAAUAAUAAUAAUAAUAAUAAUAGGGUAAGUUUUAAGGCUAUAAAAAAUAUGAAUAUUGUAAAAAAGUAUUUAAAAAAAGAUGAAGUAAAUAAAAAUACAAAGUCAAUUUUAAAUCUAAAUAAUUAUAAAGAUGAUAAUAAAUAUUAUCAAGAUAAUAAUUAUGAUGAUUAUUAUGAUGAUAAGAAUAAUUAUAAUAGUUGUGAUGAUAAAAAUGUUAAUAAUAAUAAAAAAAAAAAAAAUAAUAAAAUAAUAAUGCAUAAUAAUAUAAGAAACAAAAAUGAUAUAUUAUAUUAUCAAAUAUUUGCACAAAAAAUAUUAAGUGUUACAAAUAUACAAAAUAUUUUUAAUUAUAUAAAUCAUAAUUACACAAAAUUUAUUAGUGAUUUUACUACAGACAAAAGUACUGUAUUUUCUAAUUUCGAUCUUAAAGAAAAUCUAGAUAGACAAAUUAUAGAAAAAAAUAAUUCUAUAUAUAAUUUUAUACAUUCAGCUACUAUGUUUCAACAUAGUCAAACAUUAAAAAAUUUAAACAGUAAUUAUUUUAUUAAUAAAAUACAAACAGAAAUAUAUAAUAAUAAUUAUCCUCAUAUUAUUCAUAUGAAAUAUAUGCCAAGUUUAAAUAUUGAACAAAAUAUUAUGACACAAAAUAAACAAAAUGAUAUUCUAGUUACACCACCUGUAAAAAAAAAUCUAUCACAAAUUAAUAAGGAAUAUAAAGAUAAAACACAAAAAUAUAAAUCUAUUAAAGAUAUAAUACCUGAUCAUAUAACAGAUCAAAAUGAUAUCACAUAUACAAUUAAUAAAAGUGUCACAUUUUUUAAUCCACAAGAGGACCAUAAAACAAAUUUCGAACAAUUUUUAUCGAAUAAAAAUUAUAUACCUACAGACGAAAACAAAAAAAAAGAAAUCGACCAGAAAAAUAUGACUUUGUUCAAACAAUUAUCAGAAGAAAAUCAAAAUAUACAAAAUGCAACUAGCAAUUAUAGUGCUCUUAAUAAUAUAAAUAAUGGUAAUAAUAAUAAUUUGAUGAAUUCAAAGCAUACAACAAAUCACAGUAAUAAAAUCAAAUCAUAUGAACUACAAGAUAAAAAAGAAAAAAUUUCCAAAAAAAAAGAAUCCUUUCUUCAUAAUAUAAACGUCUCAGAUUUAAGUGAAAAUUCUUUAGAAUUUACAAAAUUAUUAGAUGAUAAGGAUUUUAAAAAGUUAUAUGAAUAUUUAAUAGAUAAAGAAAAUACAAAUGAUGUUAAUACAUGCAUACAAAAAGAAGAACAUGUUAAUAAUGCUCUUAAUCAAUUAGAAUGUAAAAUUAAUGGGGAGAUUAAAAGAGUCAGUGAUCAUAUUGUAGUAGAAUAUUCAGCAAAUAAUAUAAAUCAAAAUAUAAAUCAAAAUACAAACACAAAAUAUAAUAGUAUCAAAAAAAAUGAUAUCUAUAAUAAUAUUGAUAAUAAUAAUAAUAAUAAUAAUAAUAUGAUGAUGGUGGUAAAAAAAAAGAAAGAAAAGAAUAAUAACUUAGAUAUAUCUUAUUUAGAAAAAAAAAGAAAUACGAAUUUAUUCAUUAAAAAAAUAUUCCAUAUUAUUAAAAAUAUUUUUCAAAAGAAAGAUUUUAAAGAACCCAUCGAAAUAAAUGUUUCUGAUAUUAUUGAUAAUGAAUUAUUAUAUAAUAAAAAAUUAUUAGAAAAAAAUUUAGACUCAUAUAAUAUCAGAAACUUUUUUAUAAAUAAUAAAAAAAUAUAUCUAUUAAAUGAAUCUGAAUAUUCUCAUUUAAGGGAAUUGAUUAAUUAUAAAAAUAAAAUGUUAUCAUAUCUUAAUGGGGAGUAUAAAAAGUAUAAACACGCAUCUCAAUAUAAAACAUAA